UCACGUUGGAUUCUCGAAGCGAGCGCCUGUCGAUCGUACCGUUCCGGUUCCGAAGCAUUCUUCCAACUCUUCCCCCGCGGCCGAUUCGUCCCCGAGAACGUGUGUGAUUUGUGAUUGCUCCGAUUAGUGCUGAUAGUGCGUGAGUGCGUCACUUUGCUAUAUUGAAUCUAAUUCAGCCGACCAGUCUUCUGAAAUAAUUGCAAAAUGAGGGAAAUCGUGCAUCUGCAGGCGGGCCAGUGCGGCAAUCAGAUCGGUUCAAAGUUCUGGGAAAUCAUCUCCGACGAGCACGGCAUCGACCCCAAUGGCUACUACCACGGCGAGUCGGAUCUGCAGCACGAGCGUAUUGAUGUCUACUACAACGAAGCCAGCAGCGGAAAGUACGUGCCCCGUGCCGUGCUCAUCGAUCUGGAGCCGGGAACCAUGGACUCCGUUCGCCAGUCGCCAAUGGGCCAGCUCUUCCGGCCGGAUAACUUUGUCUAUGGACAAUCCGGAGCAGGCAACAACUGGGCCAAGGGCCAUUACACAGAAGGCGCCGAACUGAUCGACUCCGUACUGGAGGUUCUGCGUAAGGAGUCCGAGGGAUGCGACUGUCUCCAGGGCUUCCAACUGGCUCACUCCUUGGGCGGCGGUACCGGAUCUGGUUUGGGUACGCUGCUGAUUUCCAAGAUCCGCGAGGAAUAUCCCGACCGCAUCAUGAACUCAUUCUCCGUGGUGCCCUCGCCAAAGGUAUCGGAGGUGGUGGUGGAACCAUACAAUGCCACGUUGUCCCUGCAUCAACUUUUGAUGGACACCGACUUGACAUUCUGCAUCGACAACGAGGCCUUGUACGAUAUAUGUUACCGGACUCUGCGCCUAGGGUCUCCCACUUACGAGGAUCUCAAUCACUUGGUAUCUGUCACAAUGUCCGGUGUAACCACAUGCCUGCGUUUCCCCGGCCAGCUGAACGCCGAUCUCCGCAAGCUGGCCGUGAACAUGGUGCCCUUUCCGCGUCUGCACUUCUUCAUGCCCGGAUUCGCACCCCUAACCGCCAAGGGCUCCCAGCAGUAUCGCGCCCUGACCGUGGCCGAGUUGACCCAGCAGAUGUUCGAUGCCAAGAACAUGAUGACUGCCUGCGAUCCCCGGCACGGACGUUACCUCACGGUGGCCUGCAUUUUCCGGGGUCCCAUGUCCAUGAAGGAGGUGGACACCCAGAUGCUUAACGUGCAGAGCAAGAACAGCAGCUACUUUGUCGAAUGGAUUCCCAACAACGUCAAGGUGGCCGUCUGCGACAUCCCGCCCAGGGGCCUCAAGAUGUCCGCCACCUUCAUUGGCAACUCCACGGCCAUCCAGGAGAUCUUCAAGCGCAUCUCCGAGCAGUUCACCGCCAUGUUCCGGCGCAAGGCCUUCCUCCACUGGUACACCGGCGAGGGUAUGGAUGAGAUGGAGUUCACCGAGGCUGAGAGCAACAUGAACGAUUUGAUUUCCGAGUACCAACAGUAUCAGGAGGCCACCGCCGACGACGAAGUGGAAUUCGAUGACGAGCAGGCCGAACACGACGGCUACGAGUCGGAGGUCCUGCAAAACGGCAACACCGAAUGAGGACCUAGUUUCUACCAAAACUAUAACUGUUUCCUGUAUACUAUUUUGUAAAUUAUUUGGCCCAGCCAGGUUUCAAAUAAAUAUUUAGUGACUAUGCUUCUGUAGUAGAUUCCAAA